AUGCGGCGGCACUCGGAGGACGAGUGGCGCGCCGCCGGGUUCGCGCCCUCGAGCCCGACCGCGGGGACACCGUCGCCGCCGCGCGCGAUCGCGUCCUCCGCCGCGGACGUCGCGCCGCUUCUCGCGGGCGGGGGCGCGGGGGAUCCGUCGAAAUCGAUGAAAUCGAUGAAAUCGAUGAAGCGCGUCCCAGGCGCCCCGUCCACGCCGCUCACAGACGGCGAGAGGCAUCUUCAUCCCGCCGCACACGCCGACGGCAAUGGAUCAUUGUCCGUCCGCGAGUGCGCGAUGAACCUCUCGAACGCCAUCAUGGGCGCGGGCGCGCUCGCGCUGCCGAAUCUCUUCAAGGUGGUGGGCGUCGUCCCGGGUCUCGCGCUCCUACUCUUCGCGUGGCUCUGGACGUGGUUCAGCAUGGCGAUCAUGAUCCAAGCCGCGGACGCGGUCAGCAAGCGCGUCCUCCGCGGCGAGCCGGUGGGGAGCUACGAGGACCUCAUGGCGCACACGCUCGGCCCACGCGGGCGGACCGCGAGCACGGUCGGCAUCGUGUCGUUGCAGAUCGGAUGCCUCGUCGGUUUCGCAAACGUCCUCGCGGAUGUGGUGUCGCCGUUCGCGGACGAGAUGCUGCCGCCGGGGUUGGAGCCGAACCGAUCCGCGAUCCUCGCGGCGGUGGCGCUGGGAGGGAUGCUCCCGACCGGGCUGCUCGUCGGCGGCGAGAGCCACGCGCUGUUGGCGACGGUGAGCAAGGCGGCGUUGGGGGUUGUGGCGACGUUCGCAGCGGUGCUCGUGGCGCACGCGUUUUCGCCGCGGAGAGUCAUCGCGGGCGCGGGCGCGGGUUCGGGUUCGAUCGAGGGUCCCGGGGGAUUCACCGAUCAGGCGGCGGCCGCGAUCGCGGUCGACGGCGCGGACGCGAUCGCGUGGUUCGCGCCGUUGACCGGGCUGACGAGCGUGUUGCCGCUCGCGAUCUUCGCGUUCGGCGCGCACCCGGCGGUGUUGCCCGUCGUGCGCGCGGUGCGAUGUGAAGGCGGACCGGGGUCUCAGAACGGCCCUCAUCAUGGAGGGCGUUUCGCGCGGCUGCGCGCGGCGAGCGAGGUCGUGCGGCUCGUGCUGGGUGGGUGUUUCCUCGGGUACGCGUGCAUCGGGCUGGGCGGGUACGCGUCGUUUCGGUCGAGCACCGCCGGGAACGUCCUGCGGAACCUCGACGGCGAAUUCGUCGGCGCCGUCGCGUCGCGCGCGCUCAAGUUUGGAUACGGGUGCGUCAUCCUCGCGUCGGUGCCCACGGUGCUGCUGCCCAUGCACCGGAGCGCGACGGACGCGUUCUUAUUCUUCGCGCCGUCCUUUGCGGUCUUCGGAGCCGGCGGUGGCGGCGGCGCGCGCGAGGUGUCCCCCGAGACGUCGGCGCGGCUGUCGCAGGCGACGGCGGUGGCGGCUAUCGCGACGUCGUUGACGUUGGCGCUUUACGUCCCCAACGUCGAGUUCGCGUUCGGGCUCACCGGGAGCACGUGCUCGUUCGCGAUCGCGUUCGUAUUCCCCGCGCUCGCGUACCUCACGGUGACGUCCCCGAGGGGGGUCAUCGGGGCGAUCGGGGGAGGGAAAGGCGCCCUGGGGAGAGGCGCGACGGGAGCGGGAGCGGGAGUCGUCGGAGGGAUCCGAGGGUUGUUCGACGACGACGCCGGGGAGCUGCUGUCGUCGGACGAGGAGCGGUGCGCGAACGGGCUCGGGCUCCCUCUCGUGGGCGGCUCCCUCGCGAGCAACAGCAACAUCAACAGCAACAGCAGCAGCGCGCGGAAGGGGGACUCGCCCGCGGUGAUCUCCGCGAUGAUCUCCGCCGCCGCCGCCGCGGCGUCGCCGCCGACGCGACGCGGCAAGACGGAGAAGAGGACGCUGCGUCGGUGGCGCGCGGGGGCCAAGGCGCAGAUCGCGCUCGCGUUAAUUCUGUCGUACACGUGCACGUCCGAGGUGUUCAGGCAGCUCCAAGCGGAGCGCGCGCUCGUGAAGGCGGUCGAGAAGGUGGCGGAAGUGCGCGCGGCGAGCGACGCGAUCGAUAAGGAGAAGGGAGAGAUCGCCGCCGCGCGCGAGGAGUUUACGGCGUCGAGCGAAAAGUUGCGCGCGUACGCCGAGGGCGCGGAGGAGAAGCUCGCGGCGGCGCAGAACGCGACGCGCGGCGGGGGCGUCGACGGCGCGUGGUUCAACGCGACCCUCGCGGAGCGUCUGCGCGCGAAGGAGAAGGAGCGCGCGGAGCGGGAGGCGAUCGCGGCGGAGAUGGAGAAGGCGGAGCGGACGACGCGGGCGGCGCGGAAAGAAGGGAAGAAGACGACGCGCGCGGACGCCGACGCCGACGCCGACGCCGACGCCGACGCCGAGCCCGAAUCGAAAACGCGCGCCGCGCCGCCGUCGCCGCCGAGCGUGAAGGACGACGCGAAGAACGCGUCCGCGGUCGACGAGGUCGUCGCGAGCCUGGAGUCGUUCAAAGAAGCCAACGCGGAAGCCGAGGACGCGAAAGGAAAACUCGAGAAGACGCUCGGGUUGGACGCGGUCGCGGUCGCUUCCGACGCGGCGCCGCGCGCGAGCGGCGGCGACGGCGACUCGAAGAAGACCGGGGGCGCGUCCACGAGCGGCGGCGGCGGCGGGUGGUGGCCCUCGAAGAAGGACUCGGACUCGGACGCGGCCGCGGGCGCGGAGGGUCCCCUAGAAGACGUCGAGAAGACCCCGGACAAGAUCGUCCGGGACCUCAUCGGCGGCGUGCGGAACGUCACCGCGGGGAAGAAGACAAACGUCGCCGCGACGUCGGACGACGCGCCGGACGCGUACGACGACGACGCGCCGGAGGACGACGCGCGCGAGAAGAUGAAGAAGAAGAAGGAGGAGGAGGACGACGACGACGACGACGACGAUCGUGAUACCUCGCGCGCUCGCCGCGCGAAGGACGACGACGCCCUGGGGCGGAAGCGCAACGUCACCGACGUCGACGUCGUGAAGCUCGCGGACGAGAAGGUCAAGGCGCUCGCGAAGAAGAAGAAGGACGCGGAGCGAGAGAUGAGCGAGACGCUGCGGACGGUCACCGCCGAGGGCGUGGACGAGGACCGCGUGAAGAAUCUCGCGGACGUCGUCGCGAAUUUGCAGACUUCGAAGACGGCGACGACGGCGACGCUGAAGGAGGAGGCGCGCGCCACGGCGGCGGCGAAAAAACCGCCGGGGGACGCGGAGGUUGCCGACCUCCGCGCGGCGGCGAAGGACAUCGCGCGGGAGGCGCACGAUCUCGAGGACCGGCUGGGCGGGAUCGAUCGCGAGGAAGAGGAAGGGGGCGGCGAAAUCGCGCCGCACCCUUGA